GCAUCAAAAGCCGCCGCCUCCUCCUCCGUCGCGUCACUGCUGCUGCCAACCACGUUCCGGGGCCCCCCCCUCCACCACCACCACCUCUUCCACGGCUCCUUCUCGCCUACGCCUCGUCCACCAACCUCCUCCUACCCCCGUCCCCACCCCUCUCACCCCGCCCGACCCCAGCUAUGGACAGCAUCGCCCGCCUCGUCAAGACGCAGCUGCCCGCCUACCUCAAGAGCCUCCCCGUGCCCUCCAGCCUCGCGGGCUACGCGCGGCUCACCGUGGGCGAGUGGGUGCGGCUGCUUCCGUUUCUCAGCAUCCUGGCCCUGCUUGGCUACCUCGCCAUACGACCCCUGCUGCCGCGGAAGGUGAAGGUGAAGGACAGCGUCAUCAAUCUCAAAAUCCAGAAGGAGACGUCCAAGGUGGUCAACGAGAUCAACAUCGAGGACUUUGUCGACGCCAAGAAGGCAUACUGCCGCUGCUGGCGCUCCAAAACGUUUCCUGCGUGUGACGGCUCUCACAACCGACACAACGAGGAGACGGGCGACAAUGUGGGGCCGCUAAUCAUCAAGCGCAAGGACGUGUAAAAUAGCUCAUCUGAUUGCAGUUGUUGAUGUGGGGACAGGCCAUACGGAAUUGAAGCAUUGUCCGUAAUGCCGAGGUCCUGUAUAAUCCACUUCAUUUGAAUUAAUGUGUAACGCUGUGUGCCAGUGUGCUAGACCCCCAGGCGUUUAAAUCCAUAUUUAUAUAGAACAAAUUAUCCUGAUUCAUGACCUUUGCCUAUGUAAAAUUAGGAUACAGACACUGCUUUCAAACACUUACGUGUUCAGCCCUUUGUGUGUGUUGACCUCACUGUUAAUGGUUAAAUGCCCUGAAGAAUGAGGUGCUGUUGAGUGGUAUUGUAAAGCCCACAACCAUGGUAUUAAAGCACGUGUUUCUUCUGGU